AUGCUGACCCUGCUGACCCAGGCGAACAGACUCGCGGCGGUAAAGGCAUGUUGCGACUGCGAUCCCCACGAAGUAGUGUGCUCCAAGCUGCAGAAAAAGAUCAUGGAGCAGGACUGGCGCACCGUGGUCAAAGCUCUGUAA